UAUCUGAGCAUGUGCUGUAAACAAGUCUGCUGCAUUCGCCUUGUGUGUUUCUUUUAAAGGACGUGCCUAUGCAAACUGGUUAAACCAGAGCGCCUGUGACAGCAGACUGAAGCUCCAUAUAUAACGAGGCGGGAGGCACAGGUAACCACACAGUGCAGGUGCUGUGUGACUGGAGGGCUGCCAGGUCUGGAGAUCCCCACUAUAAUGACGUCAUCUAUGGAGAAGGAUGAAUACUGAACACUGAAAGCAACAUGCCUGGCUGCUGCUCCAGACACAAGGGAACCUGGGAUGAGCUGUCACUAUCUCUCCCAUGAAGAAUCUCAGAGACUGGGGACAAGUCAGAGCAACAGUGCUGCUUCUCAUACUAUGCCUUCUACAGCUGAUCCCUCACAGCAAAGGUAUCAUGUUGCUCAUCCCAGAGCCCAUCAUAAACGCCACAGUGAUGCAGAAUGUACUCCUGUCCGUCGACCACACCUGUAAUGGAACAUCAUGGAUUCAGUGGCAGUUCGUGUCCAGCUGGAAGUCGCAAUGCAUCAUAGAGUGGAAAACAAACUCUUACAUCAACAUCUCCAGUAGUUACAGUGGGCGCGUUCACAACUAUGACAAUGGCUCCAUACAGCUCUUGAAUGUGGAGGUCAGAGAUUCUGGGUUCUACAUGAUCACCCUGAGCGAUGAAACUGGCAACAUCAAACAGAGUACAAUCAUCCUCAAUGUCCAUGAGGUCCGCUAUGAGGAGUUUUAUUUUGUGGCGGUGUUUAUAGCAUUCCUGGCUGCUGGGUCGGCAGUUUUAGUCUGUCUCAUGUGGGUGUGUAAUAAAUGCAUUAACAUCUGCCAGAAGAGAAAACAGCACCGACGAGCGGUGUACUAUGAACAAAAGGCAACUUCAAGAACACAUGCAGAAGAGAUCGAGCUGCGCAUCAUUUCGGACUGAUGGAUUUUCUACCUCAAGCUGCCACUUUGGUCCAGUCUAAAGCGAUGUUUACUAGUAAUGGGAGUAUUAGAAGAUGGAGCAGUAUGUUGGCUAGAAGCCGUCUCUCAGCACUGGAACUGUUCCUACUGAGCCUGUUCUGCAGUAUUUAUUAUUGAUGUUCAAAAAAAAAAAAAAACAAUUUUAUCUAGUAGGCCUCAAGCCUGAAUUCCUCCACACAAAGGGGACUAUUGGAAACUGGUCAGUUCAGACCCCAGAGGCCAUUUGCACUUUUUAUUGUUGUUUAGAGUCUUAUCAGCUGAUAGAACUAGUCAGAGGAGAUUCCUCUCUAUCACACAUGAGGUACAUUGAGACCUGUCACAACACGCUCAGCCAUCACUCACAGAUGGUAUAAUGCUGGGCAGAGUAAUGACAGGGUCAACCUACCCAUCUAUAUGGUCAGUCGUGUGAUUAUGUGACGAGUGGAUGCUGUCAUGCUGUAGAAGCCGGAGACACACUGGAUUCAACAAACGGAUCUAAUAUAUAUAUAAUUGAUGUCUUUGAGUUGUGAGUUGUAAAGAGGAUGCACUGUUAUAAGAUAUUUUGUUUUUUAUAUAAAAGAAAUGUUAACUGUGA